AUGGCCAGUUCAGCAGCAGGAGCGUCAAGGAAGAAGGUCUUGCUCAAAGUCAUCAUAUUGGGAGACUCGGGUGUCGGAAAGACGUCCUUGAUGAAUCAAUAUGUCAACAAAAAGUUUAGCAAUCAGUACAAGGCAACCAUUGGAGCUGACUUUCUCACAAAGGAAGUGAUGGUCGAUGAUAGGCUCGUCACUAUGCAGAUCUGGGAUACGGCAGGACAAGAACGCUUCCAAUCUCUCGGUGUUGCAUUCUAUCGAGGCGCUGACUGCUGUGUACUCGUAUUCGAUGUCAACAAUGUAAAGAGCUUUGAGACCCUAGAAUCAUGGAGAGACGAAUUCUUGUUGCAAGCUUCACCAAGAGAUACCGAAAACUUUCCUUUUGUCGUGUUGGGAAACAAGAUUGAUAUGGAGGAAUCGAAACGUCAGGUGUCUCAAAAACGCGCCAUGACAUGGUGUCAACAAAAGGGAAACAUUCCUUACUUUGAGACCAGUGCCAAAGAAGCCAUCAAUGUCGAACAAGCAUUCCAAACAAUUGCCAAGAAGGCUCUGUCACAAGAGACUGAUGUCGAAUUAUACAGUGACUUCCCAGACCCAAUCAGAAUCACUAAUGAAGCUACGAAAGCAGACUUAUAUGGCUGUAGUUGCUAG